AUGCAGGGUGUGGGUGCUGGUGGCAUGGGGCUGUGUCGACCUGGGGAGAUCCUGUCCGUGGGGCUGAGAGUAAAGAGUGAUGGUGCUGAGUGGCCGGGUCCCCGCGUGGGCGCCCGCCUGGGCUCGGGCAAGGUGGACGUCUCCCUGGCGGCGGCACUCAUCGGGUUCAGGGAGACACGCACCAGCGAGAAGGUGGAGAUGAUGGAGCUCAACGACCGCUUCGCAAGCUACAUCGAGAAGGUCCGGCUCCUGGAGCAGCAGAACAAGGUGCUGGUGGUGGAGCUGAACCAGGCGCGGGACCAGGAGCCCUCCCACCUGGCCGACAUCUACCAGGAGGAGCUGCGUGACCUGCGGUGCCAGGCGGAGCAGCUGGCCAUGGCCAAGGCCCGGCUGGAGAUCGAGAGGGACAACCUCGCCGAGGACCUGGGCAGUCUGCAGCAGAAGAUGCUGGUGGGGACCAGGGUGGUGAUGGGGACCAGGAUGGUCACCAGCAACAUGUUCGCCGACCUGAUGGACGCGGCUGCCCGGCACGCAGAGGCCCUGCAUGUGGCCAAGCAGGAGGCCAACGAGUACCGACACCAGCUCCAGGCCCUCACCUGCGACCUGGAGGCUCUGCGGGGUUCGAACGAGUCCCUGGAGAGGCAGCUGCGGGAGCUGGAGGACCACUACGCCCUGGAGACGGCCGGCUACCAGGACACGGUGGUGUGGCUGCAAGAGGACAUCCGCAGCCUGAAGGAGGAGAUGGCCCGGCACCUGCAGGAGUACCAGGAUCUGCUCAACGUGACGGCCCUUGACAUCGAGAUUGCCACCUACCGCGAGCUGCUGGAGGGCGAGGAG